CGACGCUGAUAAAGAAGCUGUAAUCCAAUGUCUGAACAAUAUCUACAGGUCGACGGAGCCAAUAUCUGCUACGAAGUUGAAGGUACUGGCCCCUAUAUUGUAUUUGUCCCGGGAGGAAACGGUGGACAUAGAUUAUUUAAACGUAUUCGUGAUCUUUUGGUGAAGUAUUACACUGUUGUUUUGUAUGACCGACGUGGUUACUUUCGCAGCGAAUUGACUGGUCCUCAAGAUUACUCAAAAAAUGUUGAAACGAAUGUCGAAGACUUGCACAAGCUAAUGACUCAUAUAACUGACAAGACCUUUAUAUUAUUUGGUAUUAGUGCUUCUGCUCCAUCCAUAUUGGAGUAUCUGAUUGCUUAUCCCGAGACCGUUUCAAAAGUUUUUAUUCAUGAACCACUUUAUUUUGUAAAGAGCUUUCCAGAAACUGAAAAUGUCCAAAAUUUUCACAAUUCAGUUUACAGAAUACUACACAAGGAAGACAGAAAUGCGAGUUUGAAACUUUUUGGACAUAAGUAUUUUAAUGCAUUGGAUUACCAUAUAUUGGUUCGCAACCAAAGGAAUGACAAGGUCAAUAAUUGGAAUCAUUGGUUAGAGCAUGAAUUUUGUGAAGAUCCGUUUAUUAAUAUCGAUUUGGAUUUGGUGAAAACUCACGAUGACAAGCUGGUAUUUCUACAUGGUGCAGAUUCCAGAGAUUAUUUUAUUUAUGAGCCUGGAGCCUUUAUUGCUCAAUCAUUGGGGAAAGAAACUUUGCCUUGUCCUGGCGGGCAUAUCGGGUAUUAUACUCAUUCUGAAGCUUUUGCUGUAGAUUUUAUCAAUCUCUUGCAGACUUCUAAUAAGGUUUUGACUCAAACUUUAAAUGAUUAGAUAAUGCCAUUCAUUUGACUCAUAAUUAUACUACUCUAUAAUGAUAAUCUACUCCAACUACAAAUUCCUAUGCAUUUGCUGGAAUAUUUUUGCUAUCAAACAUAAUAAACACAUACAUUUUGUCUCAUAAGCAAAC